AUGCAUUUCGCCUAUCAAGCCAUCAAUGCUGUUGUGAGUUUCAUGCUCUUUUCCUCGGUCACUGCCGCCCCAGUGACUGAGGUCGCCGCCGGCGCGGUGGCGUGGGCCGACCCUCAAAACUGCCACCGAUUCUACGAAUGUCCUGUUGGCGGGACACCCGUUUUGAAGACUUGUGGCCCUGGAACCGCCUUCCAGGCGAAGACAAGCGUCUGUGACUAUGAGCACCUGGUUGCUAGCUGCGGGCACCGUUGGUGA